AGGGAAUCUAUUCAGUGAUGUUUAUUACUUGUUCGUCCUCCUUUGUAUCAUGGGAAGGUUCUAUUUCAUCUCCUUGUCAACUUAGAGAGAGAGAGAGAGAGAGAGAGAGAGAGAGAGAGAGAUGGCAAUUGGGUUCAUGGAGGUGCUGCUGGUGAAAGCAAAGGGUCUUCAAGAAACUGAUAUCUUUGCUCAUAUGGAUCCGUAUGUUGUGUUACAAUACAAAGGGCAAGAGCACAAAAGCAGUGUAAUUCAUGAGGGAGGCAGCAACCCUGUGUGGAAUGAGAAAUUUGUAUUCAGAGUGGAAUACCCUGGAUCAGGUGACCAUUAUAAGCUCCACCUUAGAAUCAUGGACAAGGACGUAUUUUCUGCAGAUGACUUUGUUGGCCAGGCUACAAUAUAUGUAAAGGAUUUAUUGGCAGAAGGAGCAGAGAAUGGAUCAGCUGAGCUCCGUCCUCGCAAGUAUAGUGUGGUUAAAGCUGACCAAUCUUAUUGUGGCGAAAUUGAAGUUGGUUUAAAUGUCACACGAAAGGAAGAAGAAUAUACUGACGAUGAGAUUGGAGGAUGGAAGGAAAGUAGCUAUUAGUUCAGUGUGCUUCAGAUAUGGAUUUUGGAAUGUCUUUCUGUAUAUCUUUGAAUAUGCAUAGAACUUGAAAUCCCCUCUAGCGUUUGUGAUGUGAUGUAAAAACACUUGCCAAGUAGUUGUUAAUGAGUUUCAUCGUUCAAUUUGUAAUCACAGGAGUGAAUGUAAAUUGAGAUUCAUAUUCAUGAAGAAUUUGAAAGUUUAUAUAAGAUAAAAAAGAAAAAGUU